AUGGCCACAGCACCAGCACACCGCACGGCCUUGUGCUCUGUCAUGGCCUGUCCUGAACAAGUAUUAGAAGUUGGCCAACGGCUACGUGGGCUUCUGCGGCACAUGGCUGCUGGUGCUGCCUCCACAAGGCAGGCUGGCAUGAUCAAAGUUGGCGCAGACGAAUUUUUCAUUGAGCCCCUGGAGAAAGGCCAACAAAUGGAGGAAGAGAGAGGAAGGCUUCACAUGGUGUAUAGGAGGUCAGCACUUGCCCAGAGUUCAACCGAUAUUCUCCCUGAUUUCCAAAGUAAAGAAUCUGAUCUCCUCAGCUUGGAGCCGGCCUACGCAAGAAUACAGCAGGACCUGAACGAAACGCUGAGGCGACGGAGACACGCCGGCGACAACGACUACAAUAUUGAGGUCCUCCUCGGCGUGGAUGAUUCCGUGGUCCGAUUCCACGGCAAAGAACACGUGCAGAACUAUCUUCUCACCCUGAUGAAUAUUGUGAAUGAAAUUUAUCACGACGAAUCCCUGGGUGUCCACAUAAACGUUGUGCUGGUUCGCAUGAUGAUGUUAGGUUACGCCAAGUCCGUCAGCCUAAUUGAACGAGGAAACCCAUCAAGAAGCCUGGAGAACGUGUGUCGCUGGGCAUACCAACAACAAAAAACAGACCCCAGUCACUCCGAACAUCACGAUCACGCGAUCUUUCUAACUAGGCAAGAUUUUGGACCAGCCGGAAUGCAAGGCUAUGCCCCCGUCACAGGCAUGUGUCAUCCGGUGAGAAGCUGCACUUUAAAUCACGAAGAUGGGUUUUCGUCUGCUUUUGUGGUUGCCCAUGAAACGGGUCACGUGCUAGGGAUGGAGCACGAUGGACAAGGGAACCGAUGCGGGGAUGAGACAGCGAUGGGAAGCGUCAUGGCUCCCUUGGUUCAAGCAGCUUUCCACCGAUACCACUGGUCCCGUUGCAGUGGCCAAGAACUCAAAAGAUACAUACAUUCUUACGAUUGUCUCCUUGAUGACCCUUUCGAACACAAUUGGCCGAAACUUCCUGAAUUGCCAGGGGUUAAUUAUUCCAUGGAUGAGCAAUGCCGCUUUGAUUUCGGAGUGGGAUACAAAAUGUGCACUGCGUUUCGAACGUUUGAUCCAUGCAAACAGUUGUGGUGCAGUCAUCCAGACAACCCCUAUUUCUGCAAGACUAAGAAGGGCCCUCCUCUUGAUGGAACAGAAUGUGCCACUAGUAAAUGGUGCUAUAAAGGUCACUGCAUGUGGAAGAGCACAAAUCAGCUGAAGCAAGAUGGUGGCUGGGGCGCUUGGACAAAAUUUGGCUCCUGCUCCAGGACCUGCGGGACUGGCGUUCGCUUCAGAACACGACAGUGCAACAACCCCAUGCCUCUUAAUGGGGGUCAAGACUGCGCCGGUAUCAACUUUGAGUAUCAGUUGUGCAACCUGGAUGAAUGUCCAAAGCUUUAUGAGGAUUUCCGAGCCCAGCAGUGUCAACAACGCAACUCCCAUUUCGAACAUCAAAACAGCAAACACCAUUGGCUUCCAUAUGAGCACCCGGAUGCCGCCAAGAGAUGCCAACUGUACUGCCAGUCCAAAGAAACAGGGGACAUUGCUUACAUGAAACAACUAACCCAUGAUGGGACUCGCUGUUCCUACAAAGACCCCUUCAGUAUAUGCGUCCGCGGAGAAUGUGUGAAAGUUGGUUGCAACAAAGAGAUCGGAUCCAACAAAGCUGAAGACAAGUGUGGAGUUUGUGGAGGAGAUAACUCACAUUGCCGGACAGUGAAAGGGAUCUUCACCAGAACCCCUAAGAAAUCUGGGUACCUUAAGAUGUUUGACAUCCCAGCGGGUGCUCGACAUGUGACUGUCCAAGAAGAUGAGGCUUCCCCUCACAUUCUUGCCAUUAAGAACCAAGCAACCGGCCACUAUAUCCUAAAUGGCAAAGGAGAAAGAUCCACCUCUCGUUCCUUCAUCGACUUUGGCUUAGAAUGGGAAUACCACAUAGAAGACGGUAUAGAAACUCUUCAGACAGAUGGGCCUCUGCACGAUGCCAUUCUAGUUCUGGUAAUUCCUCAGGAUAACAAUACCCAAUCCAGCCUGAUUUACCGUUACAUAAUUCAUGAAGAUUCUGUGCCCAAUGUCAGCAGCAACAAUGUCCUUCAGGAGGAACUGGACACCUUUGAGUGGGCUUUGAAGAGUUGGUCCCAGUGCUCCAAACUCUGUGGAGGAGGUUUCCAAUACACCAAAUAUGGAUGCCGCAGGAAAAGUGAUAACAAAAUGGUGCAGCGCGGCUUCUGCGAUGCCAGUAAAAAGCCUAAACCGAUUCGUAGGAUGUGCAACCUUCAGGAGUGCAUGCAGCCAUUCUGGGUAGCUGAAGAAUGGGAGCACUGCACCAAAACCUGUGGGACGUCCGGUUACCAAAUACGAAGUGUACGUUGCGUUCAGCCGCUUCACGAUGGUGCAAACCGCUCCGUCCAUUUUAAGUACUGCAGUGGAGAACGUCCGGAGAGUCGCAGGCCUUGUAACAGGGCGCCAUGUCCGGCUCAAUGGAAAACAGGGCCGUGGAAUCCAUGCUCGGUCACCUGUGGUGAAGGGACAGAAUCCAGGCAGGUGUCAUGCCGCACAGGUGACCAGUGUGAUGGAGAAAAGCCAGAAUCCAUGAGGGUUUGCAAACUUGCACCCUGCAAUGACGAAGCUUGCCAGGGGGACAAGUCGAUCUUCUGCCAGAUGGAAGUGCUCGCUCGCUACUGCUCCAUCCCGGGUUACAAAAAGCUAUGCUGUGAAUCCUGCGGGAAACGUAGCGGCAACCUUCCUCUUGCUUUCUACAGCGAAGCCGCUGAAACCGAAGAAGGUUUCAUCACCAGCCCCGCUGUCCUUCCCAAGUCUUCGGCCACCACGACUUCUUUAGCCCCUCCUCGCCCCGAGCGACAAAGCGCUUCGGGCAGGAUGUCCUUGGCGGAAGACCACACCCAAGUCCUCCUCCCUCCCAUCUACAGGAAGGCCCAAGCAGCUCAUAAUCCCUCUCAUCGGAAAUUUCGGAACCAAGCCAGUAACAAGGCGCCUGGACCACCUGCCCUGCACCAGAACCUUUCCGCCAACAAUGGGCUUCACCGUUCCUCGCCUUUGUUUGACACCGGGCCGGUGUUGGCGCAUUAUCCUGGCUCGGUGGACAUUCAUUCUUCUUCCAGAACCCCACGGAGAAACGAAAAGCAAGCCAAGAGACAGCCACCCUUAAGAUCUCCCACUAUAGGAAGAUGAAAAGUUAUGGGAGUUUUUAAUUUUAAGGCGGGGAGCUCAUGGGAGCGGAGAGAGGGAACUUCCUCGCUUUAUCCGAGACGCCAUGCAAAACCUUCAAACCCCGAGACUCAACUUAAGUCAACAACUGAAAAAAAAAAAAGGAAAGUGCAGGUUCACUUUGCAAAUGCUUCUAGCCGUGUCCUAACUUCCUCCGUGUCCAACUCUCUUCCCCAAAUCUGGCUCUCUUGAAAUCUUCAGAAAUCGUGAAAUCAACAAAAGCCUGGUCGAUUUCUGUCAUUCAAAACAAAGAAAGAAAGAACCAAAAUCUACCUUGUUUCCCUGAAAAUAAGACCUCC